AUGGAUAACAGGGAUGAGUUCUCCAUUUAUAUAAACCAUGGUGGAAAAUUCAAUAGGACCAGUUUAGGGAUGGAAUAUGAUGGAUUUGGUUUUAAGAUUUUACAUGACUUAGAUGUCGAUAGGUUUGGUUAUCUAGAGUUAGAGGAUGAAGUGCAAAACCUUGGAUACACAAGUUGGGGUCCGUUUUAUUACAAAGUUCCAGGGGUUGAAGGGUCUGAUUCUAUGAGACUUGUCCAUAAUGAUGAUGGAGUAAUGGAGAUGAUUGGAUAUGUUCAGAAAGGAGAGAAGACUCAUGAAGAUGAGCAUAUUGUGAUGAUACCAAUGGGGAAGGACAGUACUGAGGGGAAAGGCUUUUCUGAUAGUGGUGAAGAUGAAGAUUAUGUGCCUGUAGAUGAGAGUUCAUCUAAUGAUGGAUUGUCAGAUCAUGAACUUGCUUCAGAUGAUGAAGAGAGAAUUGUUGCCAGGAGGAAUUUUAAGGAAUAUAAGAGGGCUGCUCCAUCUGAGGAGGAUAAACCAAAAGGAAGGCCAAAGAAAAACACCCAAUCUUCAUCUGGAGUUCCUGUUGUGGAGCCAAACAAUUCAUCAAUUCAGAGAGGAACUAAGUUACCAGUUAGAAGGAAUGUGAACCAUCGACAUAGUUCAAUGGUUCAAAAAGAGAGGGCAAUGAUGUCUUCUCAUAGAAAGAUUCACUCCAUACCCUCAAAAGAUUCAACAUCAAUUGGUGCAAGCACCAUAUUUCUGCUCAUGUACCCUCAGGAGAUUCAAGAUCAAUUGGUGCAAGCUCAAGUGAAAGGAGGACAGUUGCCACAGGCCUAA